GGGUUACGCCUUCCUCUAACCACUAUGUCCUCCAAUGUCAAGUUCGAUGAUUUGACACAGCCAAUAUUUUUCAUUCCGCACAGCGAGCCAGAAGGCGAACAAGAAGAUGACUCAUUCUACGAGAGCGACCUAGUCGAGGGAGAGGAUCUCAGAUGGGACGCAUACCGAGCUGCCUGGUCGAAAUGUCUCAAUCGUGUGCAAGAUAUAAUCAAGACUAUAUAUGAGCCUGUUAUUGCCAAUGUUGUCCAAAGCGUCUCAAAUACCUACGAAACCGACUUCACUGGUCUACCGUAUCCGGAGCUCCCCGUAAUUGCGCUCACAAGCCCAUCUCCCUUUCCUACAUUCAUUCAACAAGUCAUUGAACGACUGAAUAUACGAAACAAGAGACAGAAACCGAAUUGUUACGUUACACACCUUUUCCCUGCAGAAUGCACCAAUAUGGUCGGUACAAUGAAGGCCCUCAUCACUGGUUUCACAAAUCAAGGAUUCACUCGCUCAAAAGGCUUCAGAAGUACGGGACGCACUCUUGCUGCAUACGAUAUUAAAGUCCUGGAAACAUGGUACCGGGACUUGGUCGAAGAUCCGAAAAAACGAACACAGCUUAUCGUGAUACUCCACGAUUUUGAACAGUUCGACUCUUCCAUCAUACAAGAUCUUACUUAUAUUUGCAGUCAACAAUCACGCACAUUACCACUUGUGUUCAUCCUUUGUAUUUCCUCUCCGUUUUCCCCAACAUACCUGCAUACUUCGUACCCCCACUCGACACUUGCCCUUCUUCACAUUCAACAAUAUCUCAUUCCGUCUGGCCACGCAAUAUUGGAGGCAGUUAUCCUCGACACUUUCGCAAACCUGCAUUAUGAUCCUACCCUUUUCCUUGGUCCUGUCAUGCUGGAGGCUAUCAUUGAUCAAUUCGUGCGUUACGAUUCAUCCGCAGACUCGCUGAUGAAAUCUCUCCAACUUGCCCAUCUCAAGCACUUUUCUAUUAAUUCUCUUACCCUCCUCCACCAUCACACUCCUUCACACGAAGUCUUCCGGAGCCCUUCCUCUUUUCCCUUUUUGGACUCCCUCCUCUCCCGUCUCCAUGGACUAGAAGAUGAAGACGAAGACCUUGAUUGGCAAACGAAGUCUAUUCGCGACGUGAUAAGAGCUGUCGACACUGCUAGAUCUGAUUUUUAUGCGCAAACCAGACGGGUCCGGUUAGCUUUUGGCUUGAUGCGCUCCAUUCAAGAGUUUUUGGAGGAGAAUGGGUACAAAGGGCUGGACCUGGAAGUUGGGGGGGACCUCCCCAAGUACAUCAGGAUAUAUCUCAAGGUAUUGAGGGGACGAGUCGUGAAGGAUAUCAAUGACAUCACGAGAUACCUUCGACUUCUCAAUCCGCAACAAGCAUCGGCUUUUAUGACACGACUGAGAACUUUUCUUCAGUCUUUACCCGACAAUGUGGACGUCGCUGAAGCUGUGGCAGACGCUGAAGAGCUUAUGGAUGAGCACGUUACUGAUGACUUAUUCACUGACGAGGAGGGUUUGAAGGAAAUUAUUGACAAAGCUGCUUUGUGGCUGUCCAAAUAUCUGAAAAAGUGGACUGGACGGCUGAACGAACGGACUCUUUGGGAGAUAUGGUACACCGGAGACGCGCCAUUUCCAUCUGAGACAAUCAACCCUUCUGUGCGCGCUUCAAUAAUGUCGGGCCUCCUGCGCCCGAACGAAUUCGUUUCAUCAAACGAGGACGGAGACCAACCUGAGUUUGAGUUAUGGGAGUGUCCUGACACGAGUAUCCUUUUUCAUCGUUACCUGGAGAGCGGGAAGAUGAUCAACGUGUACGACUGGUUCGAGUCUUUCCAUGUCGUGUUGGAGACCCAGCGAAAGAAACUUGAGGAGAAAAGGAUGGCUGCUGCAUUCGAAGAGCGGAGAAGAGCCACGACAAUGCCGAUACCGCUUAGAACGCCUCGCAAACACAACUCUCCAAAGAAAUAUGGAACAUCAAAGAAGGCUAACGACAAGACGCCUUCUCGACGGAGAGGAAAGGAGGCAGAGGGACUGGUUCCUCCACCACCAGUAAAAGAAGUGGAUGAAGAAGGAUGGGAUAUGCAAGUCCAAGCGAGGUUUAUCAGGGCGUUGCAUGAACUCGAUUACAUGGGUUUUAUUAAACACACAAAGAGAAAGCAGGACUCGGUGCUUCGUACGAUAUUUGAUGUUUCUGGCUAG